UAAACGGGUGAUGUUUUGAUUUGAACAUGAUGGCCAUGGACUGUGACUAUUCUCUUCUUAAUGUCAACAUAAACUACCAUAACUUCCCAGCUAAGUUAUGGCGUUUGACAAACAAUCCCCAAAACAGCUCCGUGUUUUGGGGCCCGACCGGAGAGAGCCUAAUGGUGGACCAGCAGCAGUUUGAGAUUGACCUGCUGACUCCAGUCAAGCUCGACAAUAAACCCUUCAAGACCUCAAACUUCACCAGCUUCAUUCGGCAGCUCAACCUCUACGGCUUCAAGAAGAUUUUAGACGGUUCUCCCAGAGACAAACACAGAAGCCUGCAUCAUUUCUACAAUCCCAACUUCAGACAGGGCCAACCGGAGCUUUUGGUCCAUCUGAAGAGGCUGGCAAUCAGUAAAAAGACCAAGAGCGGAGAGAAGGAGAGCUGUCGUCCACUGAACCAAGGCCAGCAGAAAACUCAACGCAAGCCUGCAGAGGAGAAUAGAGGUUCUGCCCAGCUUUCUGGAGGUGCAGUCCAUCAGCAUAGGGAGUGUGAGCGAAGCCCAAUCCCUGGCCACCCCUGGAUCUUUCCCUGUGCUGAUGCCUCCUCCUUCUACUCUAACCCAGGCCUCCCCCUGUCUGUUUAUCCAUACGCCACUACAGGCAGAGCUCAUUCCGGUGCUGCCUUUCUGUUUCCACAGGACAUUCCCCAUCACCUGUCCUAUCCUGCUGGACUUUACUCUCCAGUUUGCCAGUGCUGCACUUCUAUGCAAGCAGAUCAAGCAGGAGGCAACCAAGCAUCUCUGUCAUAUUCACAUUAUGCGUAUUACCCGAAUUAUUCAGUGAGCCACCAACACAGCAGCUUCCAGCCCACAAGCUGGCCAGCGCACCGUGCGUCUGAGCAGAGAGGAGACAUGAACCUGGACAGAGUGUUUCAGAUGGUGGAUGAUUUCCAGGGUCUGUCAAAUGUUCGUAUAGUCCAGGUGGGACCCUCAGUAAAACCCCAUCUCACCUCCAGCCCACCUCUCUACACUAUACCUGCUGUGCCUAAAGCUCAGUCUGUGAGUCUGCAGAGCAUCGAGACUGUGGCCUUCAGUCCUCCGAGAGACACAGACGAAUGUGAAGAUCACAGUUAA